GCUAAAGAUUGUCGCUUUAGCUUCUCCGCUUUAUAAGCAAGUAAUCUUCUUUCGUCUCUAUCUUAUUUACUCGAUUGCUUUCUGAUCUGUUGAUUCUGUGGUUAGGUUUGAUUCUUCUGGUUCUGUUUUGCUCUGUUUUUGUUGUUUAAUUCUUCUUAACAAAUAAGUGUUUAUGAGUUUGUUGAAGAUGGGUGGAGACAUGUUGGAAGAUGAUUGGGAAUUUGCGGCAUCGUCAAACCCUAAACGAACCCUAGUUCUUGUUGGCCGUACUGGUAACGGAAAGAGUGCGACAGGGAACAGUAUCCUUGGAAGGAAAGCUUUUAGGUCAAGAGCUAGAACUGUAGGAGUGACGAGCACCUGCGAGUCACAAAGAGUUGUUCAAGAAGAUGGUGAUAUCAUUAACGUUGUUGAUACUCCUGGUUUGUUUGAUUUGUCCACUGCAGCCGAUUUUAUCGGGAAAGAAAUUGUGAGGUGUAUAAGUUUGGCAGAAGAUGGGAUUCAUGCAAUAUUGUUGGUAUUCUCUGUGAGGCGGCUUGCUGAAGAGGAGCAAACUAUUCUUAGUUUCUUGCAAGCGCUAUUCGGCAGUAAAAUCGCUGAUUAUAUGAUCGUUGUUUUUACCGGUGGGGAUGAGUUGGAAGAGAAUGAGGAGACAUUGGAGGAGUAUUUGGCUGACUUUUGCCCUGAGUUUCUGAAAGAAAUUCUUGGGAUAUGUGACAAUCGGGUGGUCUUGUUUAAUAACAAGACUACUGAUAAGGUGAAGAAAGUUGAGCAAGUUCAGAAGCUUCUUUCACUUGUUGAAUCCAUUGUCAAACGGAACAAUGGAAAACCGUAUACAGAUGAGUUGUUCCAUGAGCUACAGGAAGAGGCUAUUAAGUUAAGGGGUCAGAAAAAGGAGGUUGAAGCGUUGAAGGGUUACUCGAAUAAUGAGAUAUCUGAGUUCAAGAAGCAGAUUGAUAUGUCUUAUGACCGGCAGCUUAGCCGUAUCACAGAGAUGGUGGAGACAAAGCUGAGAGAAACAGCAAAGAGGCUGGAGCAGCAACUGGGUGAAGAGCAAGCCGCAAGAAUUGAAGCGGAAAAGAAGGUAAACGAAGUUCAGAAACGGUCGAGCGAUGAGAUUAAGAAGCUCAGAGAGAAUCUGGAGAGGGCUGAAAAAGAGACAAAGGAGCUCCAGAAAAAACUGGGAAAGUGCAUCAAUCUUUGAUGCUGAAAUAUCAAGAAAGCUUCAUUUGAUAAGGGUUUCAUAUGGUUUUUUCAAGUUUUAUCAUCAAAGACUUAUGCAUAUGUAUAUUUCCCAUCCUUAUUCUCCUCGACUGUCGUGACAAAUUUCAUUCUUUUGUUUUUUCUUUGGUGGAACUUUAUUUGGUUUUCAAUUCUGAAUUAAGAACUUAGUCUUGA